AUGUCUCUCACUUCGCUCGUUCCCAGCAUCACGUCUCCGGUGCCCGCCGGGGCUGCCACUUCGCUGAGUAAUGUCACGAAUGCCACGGCCUUGGGCGCCAGCACUGUCCAGUCGACGAUUCUCGUCAUUGCCAGGGACAAUUCUUCGGCCCAGACGGCCACCUCCGGCCUCAAUGGCUACGGCAUCCCGUUCACCACGCUGCUGGUGCCCCAGAGCGGCACCACCCUCCCUCCGCUCAACAGCAGCGCUGGAGGCAACUUCGGCGGCAUCGUCGUUGCGUCGGAAGUGAGCUACGACUAUGGCGGGACGACGGGGUACCAGAGUGCCCUGACGGCCGAUCAAUGGAACCAGCUGUAUGCGUACCAGCUGGAGUACGGCGUGCGCAUGGUGCAGUACGACGUGUAUCCGGGGCCCAACUACGGCACCGAGGCCAUCGGCGAGGGAUGCUGUGCCAACAACACCGAGCAGCUGAUCUACUUGACCGACACCAGCGACUUUCCCACGUCCGGACUGCGCACGGGGCCUGGCGCGGCCGUAAGCACUGAAGGGCUGUGGCACUAUCCAGCCACAAUCACCGACACCAACACGACCAAGGAGAUCGCCCAGUUUGCGGCGAACGGGCAGUACAACAGCACCAGCACGGCGGCCGUCAUCAACAACUUCAACGGCCGCCAGCAGAUGGCCUUCUUCACCUCGUUCGACACCACGUGGAGCCCGACGUCCAACUUCCUGCAGCACGCCUGGAUCACCUGGCUGACGCGCGGGCUGUAUGCGGGCUACCGGCGCGUCAACCUCAACACGCAGAUCGACGACAUGUUCCUCGAGAGCGACAUCUACCUGCCCAACGGCACCACGUUCCGCAUCCGCCCGGAGGACCUGGACGGCAUUGCAGCCUGGAUCCCAGAGGUCAAUGCCAAGCUGAACCCGGGCAGCGAGUACUUCCCUGAGGUUGGCCACAACGGCAAUGGCAACAUCGAGGCGGCUUCGGCCACGCGCAACGGCUCGCGGGCCUGCAACGGCGGUGCCAUCGAGUACCCUGACAUCCCCGACACGCCGCUCGAGUGGAAGAAGCCGCUGGGGACGGGCACCAACAUGUGGCCGCCGACCCCGACUGUCUACGACUGGACGACGGCCUGCACCGACCUCGAUCCGCUGAAGCUCUGGUGGGCCAACCCGACCAACCGCGACAAGUUUGCGCACAUCUCGCACACGUUCACGCACGAGGAGGAAAACAACGCGACCUACUCGGACGUCUACAAGGAGAUCUCGUUCAACAUCGCGUGGCUGAACCAGACGGGCAUCUCGUCGGCCAAGCGCUUCACGGCCAACGGCAUCAUCCCGCCGGCGAUUACGGGCCUGCACAACGGCGACGCCCUGCGAGCCUGGCACGACAAUGGCAUCACCAACUGCGUGGGGGACAACACGCGCCCGGCGCUAGUGAACCAGCAGAACCCGAUGCACCCGUACAUCACGACGGUCGAGUCGGAUGGAUUCGCGGGGAUGCAGGUGAACGGACGGUGGGCGACGCGGAUCUACUACAACUGCGACACGCCCGAGUGCACGACGCAGGAAUGGAUCGACACGUCUGCGGGAUCGGGGACGUUUUACGACCUUCUGGCGCAGGAGAAGGCGGACACGAUGCGGCACCUGUUCGGCCUGUACCACGACGCGUACAUGUUCCACCAGGCGAAUCUGCGCAACGCGGAUGCGUCGAACAUCACCAUCAACGGGGUGUCGGCCAAGCUGUCGCUCUUCCAGGCGUGGGUGGAAACGCAGGUGCAGGAGUUUGUCCGUCUGGCGGACUGGCCGGUGGUGACGUUGAAGCACAGUGAUAUGUCCGCCUCCUUCGCCGCGCGCGCCGCCCGCGAUGCCUGCGGUUACUCGCUGAGCUACACGACCAACAACGGCAAGAUCACCGGUGUGACCGUGUCUUGUGCCAACGGCAACAGCUGCAACUCGCCGAUCCCGGUGACGUUCCCUGUUCCGCCGACCAGCACCAAGGGGUACCCGACGGAGCAGCUGGGGAGCGACCCGUUGACGGUGUGGGUGAACCUGAUGGGGUCGCCGGUGUCGUUUACGCUGUCGCAGCCGAUUGCAUUGUAA